CUAAUGGAAAAAUGUAGUGACUAUAAGCUUAAAUAAUAAGGUCGACGACAGUCACUUUUUAUACCGUUGUUUUGAUUAUGCUAUAUUAUAUCUAUUGUGUAUGAAGCCAAAACAAGGUGAAAAAUGACUGUCAUCAACCAUAAUUAUCAUACAGGACCAAAUUUACAAAGCACAUUUAUAGUGCUUAAACACAGGGACUGCAUUUAAUAAAAACAGUCUUCCAAAAUUCGGCCCAUAAUGUCGGGUCUCAAAAAGGCAGAUUCUUACGUUCGAUUUAGUCUAGGAUCAAAAUACGAAGUAAAAUAUGGCCUGCUGUUAUUUUUCUUGAAAUAGCAAACCCAAAAGAAAUAUGUCCUGCUAAGAAAGAAAUAUGUCCUGCUGGAAAUAAUACAGCACAAGAUGAGUGGAGGGUUUGGACAGUGUGUGGAAAAUCAGGACCUCUGAGUUGUAUUUCAGAGCAUUAUAAAAUUAAAAGGCAACAAAACCAUAAGCUAAGCCUCAGCUGAACAGAAGAAAAAUUACCUGCAAUAUUUAGUUUUCAGGUCGGACUCACAAUGCGACUCAUUCAGUCCGUGACGCGAUGUGUCCUCACUAUGAUCGGUUGCGUCAUGAACCCAAUCAUCAAUCUCAUGUACAGCUUCAUAUACCAGUACGACAAGCGGUCUGUGCCACCAAUCAAAGACCCAGUUCUCUGUCAGAGUGCCAUGGCACUGGCCAAGAAAAUCCGAUCACGAGAGCUGAAGGCCGUGGAUGUAAUGGGUUUGUUUAUCGCACGGGUCAAUGAGGUCAACCCACUGACCAAUGCUGUGGUUGCAGACCGGUUUAACGAAGCUAUAGAGGAGGCCGUUAAAGUGGACACCAUGUUGGAUGAGGGUAAUGUUUCCGACAAAUUCAGUGAGAAGAAUGCUCCACUACUUGGUGUCCCGUUGUCGGUGAAAGAAGCAUUUGCAGUUAAAGGUAUGCCCAAUUCUUCUGGACUGGUGGCUCGGAGGAAUUUCAUCGCUAACUUUGACGCAGUUGCUGUUGCCAAACUGCGUGCUGCUGGCGCCAUUCCAUUUGUGAUGACCAACACCAGUGAACUGUGCAUGUGGCUCGAGUCAGCAAACAAUGUCUAUGGACGGACGAGAAACCCGUACAACUUGAGCAGAAUUGUCGGGGGAAGCUCAGGUGGUGAAGGGUGUAACAUUUCUAGCGGUGCUGCUGUUAUUGGAAUUGGGUCGGAUAUUGGAGGAAGUAUACGGAUGCCAUGUUUUUUUAACGGGAUAUAUGGACAUCGCUCAUCCAGAGGGUCGGUGAGCAACGAAGGCCAACACCCACCAGCCACAGCGGGUCAGCAGGUAUUGCUGUCCACAGGACCGAUGUGUCGGUAUUCCGAGGAUCUCUUACCUAUGCUCAAACUGAUGUCGGGCAACCCUCCAGAGCUCAAGUUAGAUGAACUGGUUGACGUGAAGACAUUACAGUUUUUCACAAUGGAGGACGAUACGGGAAGUCUGUUUCUUAGCAACGUGGACCCUCAGCUGAAAGCUUGUCAACAGAAGGCCGUGGACUACUUGGAGGAGUCUCUAGGGGUGAGCGUGACGCGUGUGGGGAUCCGCCGUAUGAAAUACAGCCUGGAGAUGUGGUCGUCCAAGAUGGCCACUGCCCACGGGACGCCGUUCGCCAGCCUGAUGGCGGAGGAGACUGGGUCGGUUAACUGCGCCACAGAGCUCCUCAAGUGGGUGGUGGGUCGAUCGGACCACACCCUGCCAGCCAUCGGGCUGGGGCUGGUGGAGAAACUGGACUACCUCCGAGAGAGUUACCAUCCCAAGUUCCUCGACAUGCUAGAGAAGCUGGAGCUGAAGCUGCAGGAGAUGCUGGGGGACAACGGGGUCCUGCUGUACCCGACCCACCCCGUGAUCGCCCCCUACCACAACCAGCCCCUCCUCACACCCUUCAACUUCGCAUAUACAGGCAUAUUCAACGCACUAGGGCUCCCUGUCACCCAGUGUCCAGUCGGGCUCAGCAAGGAGGGACUUCCCGUCGGAUUCCAGAUUGUUGGCAGUAUGAACGGCGACAGGCAGACCAUUGCGGUAGCCCGACAUGUAGAGGAGGGUUUAGGGGGGUGGGUUCCUCCGGGGGCUGUGUCUUAUCAUCAGUGAGUGAGCCACUCAAAAACUAACAGCAUCAGGGUUUAAGGAUUUCAUGUAAUUUCAGCCUGGAUAAUCUCCUUGGAAACCUCUCCCCCCCCUGUUAUUUUUCAUCUAGAACUUUUUCUCCCUGUUUUCAUUUUAUGUUGUUUUUUCUGUUGGUCAUAUGCCCUCCCAACCCCCCCACCCCCCCUUCUCCAAUUUAUUAUAAAUUGAUAAAUUAGUUAACUAAUCAGUCAGAUUUAAGAAUUACAAUUAGAGAACAUAUAGUUGUUAGAAGUUUGGGUUUAACUGUUUAAAACGACCAUUUUGAGGGACUGCCCACAAUUAACAAUGUAUAACUUUAUAUAGAACAUUAUGAUUGCUUUCAGCUAAAAUUGAAAUUACUCAUAUUAAUCCGUUUUGUGUUGUCAUUUGCAGGAAAGGAGGGGCAAUUAAACAGGUUGAAAUGUGUUGUAACCAGGUUUCUCAAAUUAACUUUUUAGAGAAUUUAGUAUAUACACCUGGAAAUUAAUUAAGCACCAUCUGAAUUGCACUGCAGAACAAAAGGCGCCUGGAAGUAGUUGCUCGUGAGGUGAGUUUUUACAUACUCUGUAUCUGAUGGUAUUUAUCGAGAUGGUAUGAAUAAAAUACUUAAGAGUAACACAUCAGUGUGAUUCCAGCUCUACAGUUAAAAUUCUUCGGUGUAUCCAUUCAGCUGAUUGGAGUUUUUCUCUUUCCAACCAGUGCACCACAUCUGGUCAAAGGCUGUGGUAUGUGCUUUCCUGUCUAUGGGAAAGUGCAUAUAAAAGAUUCCUCACUGCAUUAGGAAAA